AUAGCGCAUGCGUUAACUCGACUUCCUCCACGUGGGUUCGACCAUUUUAACAACAAACCAGAACAAGACGAUUGCAGAAGAAGAAGGAACAAGAAACAUGGCUGAAAAACGACCACGUAUGGAGGCUGAUGGCAGAGAAGAUGUGGACGAAAAUACUAAUCAGUCAAAUGGAACUUUCAUGUUUAGUGACAAACCUUCACUAGAAGAAAUCCGAAAGAUGUCAAGCAAGUUUGCAGAUGAUCGUGACUGGAACCAGUUCCAUACACCCAGAAAUUUACUCCUGGCGAUGACAGCAGAAGUUGGAGAGCUUACUGAAAUAUUUCAGUGGAAGGGAGAGGUGAAGGAAGGGCUACCAGAUUUCUCCGAGGCAGAAAAGCGGCAUGUUGGUCAGGAGAUGAGUGAUGUAUUACUGUACCUGGUCCGGCUAGCCGAUAAAUGUCACAUUGACCUCACAGCGGCCGUAGUGGACAAGAUUCAACUCAAUGCCAAGAAGUACCCAGCUGACAAAGUGUAUGGGAAAAGCAACAAGUAUACAGAUUAUGACAACAGUAACCGUGGUGAUAGCUGAUUUUGAGUGGUUCCUGAACACGGUUAACAUUUGAAGUUAACAUUGGACAUCAUCAUUCAGAGCAGUUGUGAGAUGUGUCAUGUUGUAAUGUCAUUAAAAUCAAAUCAUAUUUCUCCCUGCUGUCAAAAACAGACCUGAGGACAUCCCAUUAUGUGUCACAUCAGAGCAAUGUUUCAUACCAGCGAUCAGAGUAUCACUACUAGAUCAGGAAAGUGACUUUUGGGAUUUGUAUUUUUAAUCAUGCAAACUUGAAAAGGUUAACACAGGUAUUCUGAACAUUUACUGGCUGUACAAAUGAUUCUGUUAAAGCCAUCAUCUGUCUGUCGCUUCAGUGGGACAAACAUUUGAAAGGAAACUGACUUUACAUAGCCAGUAGAAUAUAAUCUCGGACAUCUCUCAGACAUUUAUGAAUCUUCUUUUGUUUACUUUUCAAAUUGUUAGUCAGGAUUUUUGUCAAAACAUUUUUCAAAGAAUUGGCUGGAAUGAAAGUCGCCAGUUUUAGAAGAGUGUCAUAAAGUUCAGGAGUCCUUCCACUUGACAGUCAAGGUUCACAAAAAGGUCACUCUGACAUGACAGUGCAAUGGGUUUACUCAGAUAUUUGUUUAUUGGUAAAGAGACAUAAGAUCUGCUAUUAAUGUGAUUGUUGAUGCCAUGUGUUUGAAGCCAGACCAACAUCACCAUGGAGACACCAUGACAACAGUACUAGUUGACCAAAUCACAAAUUGGUUUCUCAGUGACUUCAUGUUUGUUGUUGACUUUGUUUACAGACUUUUAAAUAAAGAUAUUUUUUCUUA